GAAGAGCGGUCAUAGAGGUAACCGAUGAAGGGCUGCGAGCCCAGUCUUUCCUCAUCAAGUCCCCCCUGCUGCUGACCUUUUCUGAAGAUUGACGCCUCCAACUAUCUGUCAAUAUGCAAGGAUUCUACUCCAAGCUGGACUCCUCCUCGUCCUCGUCCCCCUCACUGGGGGUGGGCAUCGGGGGAGACGGCAGCCGUGUUCCUCUCAGCCUGGCUGUGGAAGCAGAGAAAGCUCAGGCGCUUUUGCAGACGUUCAGCUCUGCCUCACUGCUGGCCUCGGCAGGACUGGGGAUGUUCUGUGUGGUGGCCGAUCACGCCCUCCAGCUGUCGGUCAUCCAGCACCAUCUGUGGCUCAGGGCGACCUUGGACAACGCCACACACGGGUUGGUGGGGCUGUGGUCGUGGGCCAUUGUGAUUGGACUAAGGAAAAAGAGUGACUUGUAUGAGGUGCUGCUGGCAGGCCUUCUGGCAUCAGUCAUAGACCUGGAUCACUUCUACAUGGCUGGAUCCCUGUCCCUCAAGGCUGCUGUGUCACUGCCUCAGCGUCCUCCUCUUCACUGUUCUUCUCUCAUCCCUGUGAUCUGCCUCACCCUCCGCUUCCUCAUGUGGAUCGGCCGCCUCAAAGAUGCUUGGUGCUCCUUACCGUGGAUGCUUUUCAUUUCCAUGAUGACGCACCACGUCCGGGAUGCUGUACGCCACGGUCUGUGGGUAUGCCCAUUUGGCAACACUGCCCCCAUUCCCUACUGGCUGUACGUGAGCACCACGGCAACGCUUCCUCACCUGUGCUCAGUGCUCAUGUACCUCACGGGAACCAGGGACGUGAUCUCCACCAAGCAUGGAGUCGCCAUUGAUGUUUAGGGCUCACAGGCGGCGUCCAGUGCUGAUCUCCACUGAGCGAAAACCUUGUUAAAUAGACAACACUUAAGUACUUGAAAUUAUUGAAGAAAAUGUUUAUGGCACUUAAAGAUUAAGACAUUUUUUUUAGGUACAUGAAGGAACUGUCAUAAAAGUUUGAGAAAACUGCAACUUUAUGAUAAAAAACUGUGACUUUCCACAGGUGGGUAGUCUUUCACUGGUACGUUCUAAUAUGAGUGCCGAGUAAGGACUGUUUUCACAUUUCCUUUUGUUGGUGAUAUCUUUCUGAAUCCCCAGGUACAUUUGUGUCAGUCUCAAGUGUGUGUGUGUGUGUGUGUGUGUGUGUGUGUGGGGGUGACUCUUCACAGCUCUGACAUCUGCUUUUACAUAGCUGCAUCAAAACAAUAACACCUGAUCUUUUAGUUGCUCGUCACUUUCUACGCAGACACUCCAGCCUCAUCCUGUGAAACACUCAAGGAAAAGUCAACCAAAGGUCAACCGCAGGUUUUAUAUGAAACUGGCGCACAGUCAGUGUCACUUUCACACGCACUGCGUCUGGUUGUAUGUUCAAAUACAUGAUCUGUUUUAGUGGUGAAAUCCAAUACACGUGGAGGGUUUUUGUAAAAAAUUUUUUUUUAAACCACAAUGACAGUUCCACUAUUAAUCACCACAAAACAAAAUGUAUUACCCAACUGUCACCUCUCUGCCACUUCAGCAGACUCAUUGUGCUGCUUUGAAGAGCCUUACUGAAGUAAUAACUUCUCCUUUAGAAGCCAUUUUGUUGUCAGAGUUCUCAGUGCCAACUGUGUCCGCCACAAAAAUACUGUAGAGCUUCUUCUUCUUCUUGUUCUUAAUUAUUUUAUUGUAACAGUUUAAAAUGCCAGCAUGGUACUGCUAUUGUUGGUUUUAGCUGGGAAACACAUCAUGGCUCCACAGAAACAGCAUCAACUUUGCACCAACAGUGAGAUGUGUUUUUUUUGCGGGAGCUUUAUUAUAUCAAGAGCUUUAUUUUAUUUACAGUUGCUGUAGAGAGAUGUACUCCACUUUAUGCUGGUAUGAAUUAAAAGUCCAUCCCAAGGUCAUUGUGUGUGAUGUACAUUACUCAUCUGUGACACCAAACAAUAGAGGGAUAAAUGAAAGCCGAGGAUGAAACUGGACAGAUACUUUUCAUCCUGAGAGGUUUUGGGAGUGGUUUCUUCAGUCGUUUGUUUAUAACCAGGAAUACCUUCAGAUCACAUGUUAAGAGAAUAACUGCAUUCAUUUGCUGUAUAUUGUUUGAGUGCAGCUUUUAUUUAUUUUUUUCCCUCUUUCUCUUUAUUGUGCUGCUGCACUUUAGUUACUCACUGUACAGUUGGCUUUUCUUUUGUUGGAGCAGGACUUUUUUUCUUCAUUAUUUCAGUUAAUUGGUCAUGAGUGUUAUCUAAACGUAAAACUGAACACAUUCCUAAACUAUAAGUCACACUGUUUUGAAUGAUGCAUAAUUAAUUAUAUGUUGAUGUCGUGAUGGGCUUUAAAAACGUUUGGUAGUUGAAUGUAAGCAACAUGCUGUAAGUGUAAAAGGGAUUAUCAACUUCUCUCACAUCCUGUGUUUUGGAGGGCUGAGAGGUUUUCUUUUUCAUGUUUUCUUUUUCCACAUGUGGCCCGUGCUUGAGGAUUAAACUUGUAAUAAUCACUUUUAACCACUAGAUUGUGCUACAGUUCCCUUUUCUUUAUUUGGGCUAUGCUUCUGUAAUAAGAUGUUUUGAGAUUUGCACUGUGGGAUUCAGAAGACCAUCCCUGGAACAAGUCAUUGAAAUCCUAAGCCUAUUUGACAUGUUCCCUGCUUUUUGUUUUUGCCAGAUUACCAUGCAUACCUGUAUACAGGACUUACCUCCUAUCUCUUCUCUGAAGUAUUAGGAACUGAACACUGGAAUUUAACCUGCAAACUUGUUGAAGGCAGGAGACGGGAGCGCUGCAAGGGAUAAGGACAUUCAGUUAACUCUUGUUCACCCAUUACACCCUCCCUGUGAGAAUGAGAGGUACUAUGAAUGAUCGUCAUUUUCAGUAAGAAUAUUCUCCUUCUGGUGAUAUUUACAGUGUGUCCUUCAUUGUUGCAACUUUAUGUUGAAUUUUGCACAUUUUAAGUUUUAAAUAUUUUGAUCAUGCUUUAAUUUUGGUUAAAUACGUUUUUGUAUGGCAUCAGUUUUGUUUCAAGUGGUAAGAAAGUAUAUAGUAACAGUUAACAGUUUUAAUGUAGUGAUCUUAUCUCAAUAAA